UCCGUGCAGUGGGCGCAACCACCGCGAUUCUCCAUCACCAAACCAACACGCUUCUCUUUUUUAGACAACCAUCGACGGAGAGCGGAGAGAAAAGGAAUAAGGAUUUUUUUUUAAAUAAUGUUGCCCAAGCUGCACGAUUGGAUGAUAUAAGGACAUUUCCAGUGUUUUAUUCCUGAGACACACACGUGUGUUGCGGGUAAACAACAUAAGACUCGAUCGUGCCUGCGUCGUGUGUGUCGUUCUAUUUUUUUUCUCUUUUUGUUUUUUAUUGUAUUUGUUCACGCGAUCGGCGAGGAGCUUCAAGCUUUGCGCGCCUCGUGUUUUGCUCCAAGACGCAUCUGAAAAUGUCGGAAGUGCUGCCUUUCAACGAAGAAAAAGUCAGUCAUUAUGGGAACGAGGGCGACGAGGAACACCUUUCCUUCACCUGUCGCCUUCAAGACACCAACAACUUCUUCAACGGUUCGCAGAAUAAACGUCCGCCCAAGCUGGGACAAAUAGGCCGCAGCAAACGGGUGGUGAUCGAGGAUGAGGCCGGCAAUGACGAUGCACUGAAAAAUGGUACAGAGAAGACCCCGGCGGAUGCGUAGAAAUGCCCCCUCCCUAAAGACACUCUUGAAUUUUUUUUUUUUUUUUUUAAAUGAUGAUAUUUACCCGUUGUAAUCCAAAGACAUUGUAUAUAAGCACUUUGUUUCAUGUGGCAGCAAGCAGCACUUCCACACACCCUCCUCUCCAUGGCAGUCACGGCCAUAUGGGAGAUGCACACACAGCGGCAGCAAAGAGACCCCCAGGUGGACCCCCACCAGCACACACACCCUAGAAGAAGGGGUUUUGCCAUAAAUCGAAAAGCUGGAGAAGGAUGGAGAAGGGGGUGGGGCGAAGGAGAGAAAUCAGGGAGAGGAUGCAGAAAUUAAUAUUAAAUAGAAACUAAAGCACACAUUUCUGC